UUACGAUUGGUCCUACACCACGACAAUGCCUCGCAGACGACCAACCAGACAUCAGAUGUCCUGGCUGAUGCAGAUUGCCUGGACUGCUAUGUUUGCCUUCAUGCUUAUCAUAGCCAUUGGUGGCAACGUCAUUGUUAUCUGGAUUGUUUUAGCUCAUCGUCGAAUGCGCACAGUCACUAACUACUUCCUUUUAAAUCUAUCCAUUGCAGACCUAAUGAUGUCUGUAUUCAACUGUAUCUUCAAUUUUGUGUAUAUGUUGAACAACGAUUGGCAGUUUGGGAGGCCUUAUUGUACCUUCAGUAACUACAUUGCCAACGUGACGGUAGCGGCUAGUGUCUUCACACUUACAGGCAUCUCGUUGGACAGGUUUCUGGCAAUCAAUAGACCUCUGAAACCUAGGAUGUCAAAGACCAGUGCUCAAAUUACCAUAGCAGCAAUUUGGCUGACCAGUUUAAUACUGGGAUCUCCUUGCCUUAUGUAUUCUACUACAGUCACUCACAGACCCUCAGGCCAAACUGCUUGUAUUUUAAUAUGGCCGGACGGGCAGCCUUUGGUUUCUACAAUGGAUUACAUAUAUAACUUGGUGCUGUUCAUGGUGACUUAUGUAACUCCAAUGGCAGCUAUGCUGGGAUGUUACACUGCUAUGGGGAGAGAGCUAUGGGGAAGUCGAUCCAUUGGAGAGCUCACUCAAAGGCAAAUAGACUCCAUAAAGUCUAAACGGAAGGUAGUCCGUAUGUUUAUAGUUAUAGUCACGAUUUUCGGAGUGUGUUGGCUCCCUUACCACUCGUACUUCCUCUACACCCACUACCAUCGUGACGUUCCGUACUCCAAGUACGUCCAACAUCUCUAUCUCAUGUUCUAUUGGCUAGCCAUGUCCAAUGCGAUGGUCAACCCGCUCAUAUACUACUGGAUGAAUGCUAGGUUCAGACAAUAUUUCCGGACUGCCGUGUGUGAAUGGCGAUGUCUUCAACGAUCAGAACAGCACAGUGACGUAGCUGACACGCCACCCAUGAUACGACGGUGUUCUCACUCGUAUUCUCGCUCUAGAUCUGGAGGCACUGGAGACGACUAUUCAAACAACGAGAGGUACAAGCAACAACGACUUGUCCUCAAACAGCAACAAACACAGUGUUUCUGCGCGACAGGUCCCAACAUGCAACAGCACCACACCUGUAGACGGCCAUUGGUGCAGAUCUGUGUGGCGGGCCAACCGGUGUCAUGGCGUCAUCCACAGCACCAACCGUUGUUGACCAACCACGUCAACCACAGGCAUAUGACGUCAUCGCAAGUCUGAAAGUGCCCGUACUGACGUUGUGCCUUGGGUCAUCAAACGUCAACGGUUCGUUUUACAUCGUCUUCGUCAAAUAAUGAUGACAGAUUACGUCAAUAGUAGUUACAUAACGUUGCUACGCAGGAUUUUACUGACAUUGGUGUUAAGCAUAUUUGUGUAUGUGUAGACUUAACAGAUUUGUGAGUGUUAGACUCAAAAUUUGCCUAA